UGAUGUUUGCGAACUUCUACAGUCUAGACCAACAACGUUCUGGAGCAGUGUGAUUUAUAAAUACCUCUCGAGCUCAUCCUGACGAUCUUGCUCUCAGCUUGCAGUUAUGGCUGCAUCCAGCGAGCCUUUUUACGUCAGAUACUACUCUGGACAUUCAGGCCGAUUCGGUCAUGAAUUUCUUGAAUUCGAUUUCCGUGCCCUGGGCGAUGGCCGAAGCGCAUCCGCCAGAUACGCGAACAAUUCAAACUACCGAAACGACUCACUAAUCCGCAAAGAAAUGUGUGUCAGUUCUCUGAUGAUUGCUGAAAUUAAGCGUAUUAUCAAGGACAGCGAAAUCAUGAAGGAAGAUGACACCAAAUGGCCGCAGAAGAACAAAGAUGGUCGCCAGGAGCUCGAAAUACGCAUGGGUAAUGAGCACAUAUCUUUCGAGACUGCCAAAAUUGGCUCCCUAGUCGACGUCACAGAAUCUCAGGAUCCUGAAGGCCUACGAGUGUUCUACUACUUGGUACAAGAUCUUAAGGCGCUCGUUUUCUCGCUGAUAUCUCUUCACUUCAAGAUUAAACCAAUUUGAGGGGCGAUGAAGGAACGCGUCAUAUGAGGAGCAGCGUCCCAUGAUUACAGGACGAGGAAACAAUCCAUAACAAAUACUUUAUUAUUCCAUUCUCUAUAUGAGACAACAGCACCCUAACUUGGAGUCGCUGAAUAAAUGCCAGGACCGAAGCCACACAGCUAUGCAGUCAAUGGAUAAAUGUAUGUAUAUUGAAUCAAGGUCAAUCAAUUGACGGAUCCAGUGGCGCC